AUGCGGUUGUUAUUGCUGUUGGUGGCAUUAGCUGCCAUCACUGAUGCCGGAUUCUUGGAUUUUUUGAGUAAUCUUUCCGGUGGAAGUUCCUCACAUGGCGGUUCUUCCAGUAGCCCGUCAAACCUUCGAGGGAAUAGAGGGCGAAAGCGGGUCAGCGAUGACGACGCAAAAAAAUACUUGAAUAAUUUUGGAUAUGUUGGAGUCGGUAAUUCGCUACAAGGACGACCCGGUUUCUCUGCCGAUCUUUCAUCGGCUAGAGACUUUCUGAAGGGAGCCAUUAUUAAAUUCCAAGAAUUCGCCGGUCUGAGAAAGACCGGAGAGCUUGAUGAUGCAACGAAAGAGAAAAUGGCCGAGCCCCGAUGUGGUAUGAUGGAUGUGGCAGCUGUUACCGACGGCGGGGCUGCUUUCAAGUGGAAGAAAACGUCAUUGACUUAUUCAAUUGAAAACUAUUCCAGCGAUCUUCCGAAGGACCAAGUCAGGAGAGCUUUAUCCGAGGCGUACCAAAAGUGGGCUGCUGUAACCCCGCUGGAAUUCCGUGAAGUUGCUUCAGGCGGUGACAUUAAGGUCCGGUUUGGGACUAACAACCAUGGCGACCCAUGGCCAUUUGAUGGAAACGGUGGGGUGCUGGCCCACGCGACGAUGCCCGAAAGCGGAAUUUUGCAUUUCGAUGAUGAUGAAAACUGGGCUUAUCGUGACGCUGAAAAGAUUGGGAACGACUAUACGGAUCUGUUAGCUGUCGCUAUUCACGAGGGAGGGCAUGCGAUCGGACUCUCGCAUUCUCGCGACAAGGACGAUAUUAUGGCUCCGUUCUACCAGAGUACUGUCGACUCGAGGGGAAACUACAAAGAACCCCAGCUAAAGCCUGGAGACAUCCAAGCAAUUCAGGAUAUAUACGGCCCCAGGCGAGGUGGCUUCAGCAGUGGUGGUUCUUCUUUUGAUAGCGGCUUUGGGGGAAGUUCAGGCUCUAGCUUUGGAACCACCCAACGCCCCGCUACGACUACUAGCAAAUCCCACUGGUGGAAUCGUCUAUUUGGUGACGAUGAGGAUGGUGGACAGGCCACUACUACAUGGCGACCACAAACAACGACAACAAGAUGGGGAUCAUCGGGCGGAAGCGGAAGUGGCAGUGGAGCAUGGUCAGGCGGUUCCGGCGAUUGCCCUUCAAGCCUCGAUGCUAUCACGUCAUCCGAUACGGGCAGCAAUUACAUAUUUCAAGGCUCGAAAGUUUACGAACUCAGCGGGCGCCGAGUGUCAAAGGUAUACUCGUUGAGACAGCUUUUCCCAUCCUCGCCUGCAUACGUACAAGCAGCAAUGUUUGAUUCGAAUAGCGGGCUACUGAUGCUGUUUUCAGGCGGACAGGUCUAUGGCUAUUAUUAUUCACGCCUGCGUGGUGGCUUCACCCUUGAUGCCGAAUAUCCGAAGCGACUACCUGCUAAAAUUUUCUUUACACCUUCUGGAGCGAUGCGAUGGAUUGACGGGAGACAGUUAUUGCUCAGCAGUGGAAACGAUUUCUCGAUCUAUGAUGAAUUCUGGAAUCAAUCUACGCUCGAAGGACGUCUCUCCAGCUAUUAUCCAAAUCUGCCCAAUGGCAUCAAGGGCGCACUAACAAAUUCGGGUUCCGUGAUGACAAUAUUUACCUCAAGUGAAGUGUACGACUAUGAUAGCAUCAGAAAGAAUGUUGGCGGACGUGUCAGACUCUCGGAUUGGAUUUCCUGC